AUGAAGAGCAACAACAGCCUUUUGGUCCUCUCGAAUAUUCUUUCACACCUUUCAUCAUCAGAAACAACAACACAAAUUCAACAACAACAUCAAGCAAAAUAUGCUUCCGACGAACAUGAUGACAAACACAGUGCUCAUGACGGAAUCAAUAAGCAAUUUAUAGAGGAAAUUUUUGAAUCUGGAGAAGACUCACAACGACAAUUAAAAGAAUGGAUCAAGGGAGUCUAUGAAUUGGAAAAAUCAGGAAAAGAUUCAUUGAUGGCUCAAUCAUCGGGAAUGAAUAAAUUAUUGGUGGAUGGAUUUGAUGAAGAACAAAUAUGGAGUCAAUUGGAAACAUUUCAUAAACCUCUUCUCAAGCAACUUUCAAAUAAUAUUGAAAACAAAUUACAAUCUUUGGAGAGUAUUGUGCCCGAACAUGUUUUGGAAUACUUAUUAGAAGAUGAUUCGGAUGACGACGAAAAUGAAGAUGGAAUGAAUGACCAAGAAAUUGACGAAAGAGCUCUGCGGCGAGCCAUGGCCAAUGAUGAUGAUGACGAAGAAGACGAUGAAAAUAAUUUUGACGAAGAAAAUGAUGGGUCAGAUGAUCAUCACACCUCGAAAAAGAGUCUCACAAAACCCUCAUCUAUUCACGAUGAAAGAUAUUAUAUUGCAGAUAAAUCGGAGGCGGAAACGGAGGAAGACAUUAACAAAUUUCUCGAAGUAUUGGAACAAGAUAUGGAUAAGUUGGAUGAGAUGGAUUAUGACAUGAAUGAACAAUUAUUAACUAAUAAGGAAUUGAGGAAGGCUUUUGGAGAGCUGUAUGGAGAGGAAGAUGAGGACGACGAAGAUGAUGAAGAGUACAAUGAUGAAGAGGAUGAGAGUAAUGAAUCCAAAACUCUCAAAACACCAUUCGAACUCGAGCAAGAACGAUUGCUAGCCAAAAUGGAAAAAUUAGAAGAAAGGCACGUUGCAGAUAAGGAAUGGCAAGAAAUUGGUGAAGUCGAUGCAAAGAAAAGACCAAAGAACUCUCUCGUCGAGGAAGGAAAAUUGACAUUUGAACAUGCACACAAGGCCAAGCCAGUCAUUUCCGAAGAAGUGACCAGAGAUUUAGAAAGCAUUAUCAUUAGUCGAAUUGUGAGUGGAAUUUUUGACGAUCCUGUAAAACCAGAAGAGAGCGACAAGAACGAAGAUUUAAAACAAGACGUGCAAUUGGAACAUGAAAAAUCCAAAAAAUCUCUGGCGCAAAUUUAUGAAGAAAUGUAUCUCAAAAAAGUUGAAGGAGUUGACAUUGAGGAAGAAAAGAAAGAGGAUCCAGUGGUUAAGGCAACCAAGCAAAAAAUUCUCAAACAAGUUUCAGAUCUUCUCCAAGUACUCAAUCAAAUGUCGACCUUCACCUACGUGGCUCCACCUCGAAUUGAUCUUGAAGAUGAAUCAGAAUUGAAGAGCGUGACAAAUCUCGUGACUGGAAAGGAAGAGGGUGAGAAGAAUGCUCACGAAAUUCUUCCCGCUGUGAAAUGGUUACCACAAGCCAAGGAAGAAAUGUCAGAACAAGAUAAGAAACGAAAGAGAAGACAAAUCAAAGAAAUGACCAGUAAGAAGAGUAAGAAGGCUCAGGAAUUGGUUGAGAAAUUAAAUCCUGGUGCCUCUGCUCAUGCAGCCAAGCUCAUGGAUGACAUUGACAAGAAGAAGGAAAAUGCCAAGAAAGAAAAGGCUACCAAACUCGAAGAUGCCUCUGCUGUUGGCUCAGACAAGAUGUUUGGCAGUUCGAAACAAUUCUUCAACAAGAUUCAAGAAAAUAUUCGAAAAAUUCAUGGAGCUAAGGAAGCUAAAAAGGAAAAGAACGGCCUUGUGAGUCGAAAUUCUUCAUCUGCUUCUAAUGAAUAA